CUGAACCGCAUGGAGAGCAUGCCUGGAAGCCACUCAAGCCAAGGGCCACGGAGAGCAUCCUGGAAGCUGUGGCUGCUCUGCUCAACACUGCUGCUGCUGCUGCUCUGCUGCCUCAGCACACUCAUCCUCACGCUCAUGCCACUCAAGAUGGCCAAGGAUCCCUGUGUUGCCAAGUUUGGACCAUCACCUUCAGAAUGGCAAAUGGCAUCUUCUGAACCUUCUUGCUUGAACAAGAUGUCGGACUGGAAGUUGAGGAUUCUUCAGAAUGGCUUAUAUGCCAUUUAUGGCCGAGUGACUCCUAAUCCAACUUACAAGGGAUUUGCUCCCUUUGAAGUGCAGCUUUGUAAAAACAAGGAUGCCAUACAAACUCUAACAGACAGCUCUAAAAUCCAAAAUUUAGGAAACAUUUAUGAAUUUAAUGCUGGAGAUACAAUAGAAUUGAGGUUCAACUCCGAUGAUCAGGUUCUAAAAACCAAUACAUAUUUUGGAAUUAUUUUACUAGCAAAUCCCCAAUUCGGGUCCUAG